UGCCAGUGCAUGCAAUUUGAAUUUGACUGAUGGGUUUUUUAAUAACUAAAUAUCACCUGGAUGUCAUAUGACAUGCACAUGUGGCAUAUGCCUGCACAUACUGGUGAAGGGGUUGAUCGUUUUGUUAACCUACGCAGCACGGAGGAGCGGUUUGAAACAACAUGAUUUUUAAAUAUUGUGUGAUCUAACCAAAGUGUAGUCAUAUAAUGUUGAGUGGCAGUGAACUUAUUAUGCAAAAAUCCGUCAGCCGUGUAGGGAUAACUGUACAGGGACGGCGAGGAUAAACAAAACAUGCUCUCACAAGCUGAUUUGAUUGGACCUCGUGAUUUGAUUUCUGCACCAACAACCAACCGAGCAAACCAAUUUACAGGCGCAUCAAGCUAAACAUAAUAAUAAGGAAGACAACUCCAUUUUGCUUUCAUAAUAAAAGAUUUGUUAUAUAAACCCGACAGAGAAGGUUUUACUUUGAAAGGUAACCACGGAAGUGCGAGUUUGUGUGUUAGCGGUGGCUUGAUGUUGUGAUGUUCGUGCGGGAGCAGGUCAGCUGGUUGGUUAGUUUACUGGCUCAGUUAGACGCAGUUAGCUAAGUGUUAGAGCCUUGUUAGCCCAUUGGAAAGUGUUUUCUCUAAGCUUUCGGUUUAAACUUCCCUCCAACUAUUUGACAGCGAUACAGCUCAUGUUAGCUAGGUGGCGAGGGUCUCCGUUUAUUCAGCUAGCUAGUUAGGAUUGGAUCCAACUGACAGCUUGGAGCAUCCUGCUAGCCUAGCAGCUAAAUAAGCAAGAUACACUGGAAAGAAGUAAGGUGUGAACCAGCAACCAUGCCAGGUGGAAUUACAGAGACCGGGGAACCCUACUCCGCAUUUGUGGGGUUGGUGUAUAUGUUCAAUCUGAUUGUGGGAACAGGAGCUCUGACGAUGCCCAAAGCCUUCGCCACAGCCGGUUGGGUGGUCAGCCUGGCACUCAUCUCCUUUUUAGGAUUUAUGAGCUACAUGACCACCACGUUUGUGAUUGAGGCGAUGGCGGCGGCCAAUGCUCAGCUGCGCUGGAAGAGGAGAGAGCAGGAAGAGAUCGAUGACAGCGACUCCACCUCUGAGUAUUCGGAUGAUGAUGUCAUGGGCCGAGGCCGAUCAGAGCCGGAGACGAAGCCCAUCUUGUCUGUUCGUGAGUAUCAGAGAUCAGGAGGUCACGUCGACCACUUCGACAUUGUGGAGCGGGUUGAGAUGGGUCAAAUGGCCUCCAUGUUCUUCAACAAAGUUGGCGUCAACAUGUUCUACAUCUGCAUCAUAGUCUACCUGUACGGAGACCUGGCCAUCUACGCAGCAGCUGUGCCUAUAUCACUAAUGGAAGUUGCCUGUGGAAACCACUCCUGCAGCGCUGGAAGUGUGAAGUACAACGAUACAGACCCGUGCUGGGGUUCUGUCACGAGGAAAGAUGCGUACCGGGUGUUUCUGAGCGUGUUCACUCUUCUGUUGGGGCCUUUCACCUUCUUUAGCGCCCAGAAGACCAAAUAUCUUCAGAUUCUCACCUCAGUCAUGCGCUGGAUUGCAUUCACCAUGAUGAUCAUCUUGGCUCUCAUCCGCAUUGGUAAAGGCACUGGCGAGGGCCACCCACCAGUCGCCUCCUUCUCUGGGGUGCCCAACCUGUUUGGGGUGUGCGUCUACUCCUUCAUGUGUCAACACUCCCUGCCCUCCCUGGUGACGCCCAUCUCUGACAAGAAACGUGUCGGCACCCUGGUGUUUGCAGACUACACCCUGAUCCUGGGCUUCUACGUCCUCCUCUCAUUCACCGCCAUCUUCUGCUUUGAUAGCUCACUGCUGCACGACAUGUACACCCUGAACUUCACGGACAACUGCAACGUGUUGGAUAUUCCAUUCCUGCGUUACUUCCUGGGCCUGUUCCCAGUUUUCACCAUCAGCACCAACUUCCCCAUCAUUGCUGUCACACUUCGCAACAACUGGAAGACCCUAUUCCACCGGGACGGCGGCACCUACCCGUGGGUGGUGGACCGUGUUGUGUUUCCCCUCAUUACCCUGGUGCCCCCAAUUGUGGUGGCCUUCUGCACCCACAACUUGGAGUCCCUGGUGGGCAUUACAGGAUCCUAUGCUGGCACAGGAAUCCAGUACAUUGUCCCUGCCUGUCUUGUAUAUUACGCGAGACGCCAUCUGGAGCCCGUGAUGGGCAGGGAUGCCAUCAACAAGCAUCAGUCUCCCUUCCGCCAUGCCUUUUGGGUGUGGUUUGUUUUGUUGUGGGCUGCCUCCUGCCUCAUAUUUGUCACAGCCAACAUCAUCCUGACUGACACCAAGAAAUGAGAACUCACAGUUCCAAAAACUUUCUAAAAAAAAUAAAUAAAUGCAUAUCUGUUUGGCCAGUCUCUUUGUUCAUGUACACGAGGCCUUACUUGCUGCUGGUUGGACAGUGUGCCUUUUUAUGGGACUUUUGUUGCAUAUAUUAAAUGUAAUGAAGAGUAAUUUAUCAAAUUUUUAAAAAGGGACCAAUUGUCUAUCAGUUGUUCUAUCAAAAAAGCUGGAACAGUGCAUGGCAACAAUGAAAGGGAAUUGAAAAGGGUAAUUUAUUAAAAGGGUGUUUUGUCAUCAAACACCUUACAGUCUGACAUUUUCACAAGGAUUUGCACAUAAACAACUUUUUAAAAAUAUAUUUUAAGGGUUCAGUAUGCUUCAAACGAACAAGUUCAUACGAAGUGUCAUACAAACAUGUACAAACGGCGUAAAGUUGGCUUGCUUGUCGCAUUGCCGGUUUCGGAAGUUACAAAACUCCCCUAAUUCCGAUGUUGGAAAGGUUCGUGUCAAACGCAGUUCGACGAUCCAACAAACACUUUGUUUGAAGAGAUCUGUGGGUUGUCCAUCCUGCAAUUUAAAGGGCAGAGAAGCGACAAGAAAAAGAGCCUGUCACCUCAGGACUCGCGUUCUGUUGGUAAACUGCUUGGCAUCUACACAGCUUAAUAAUGAAAUUGGAUCAGAAACUAACAGAAGAAGAAAAAUGAAUGAAUCAGGGAUGAUCCGUCUUUCAUGGCUGAUGUGUAUCCAUUCCUCAGCUUUGGCUGCCUCUGAUCUCCUCGUCCCCUUGUGAACAAUGAAGCUCCGUCUGUGACAGAUCCACUGACAGAUAGGCCUCCAGGAAGAGCUCCAUCUCUGUUUAUCACCAAGCACUCGCACCUGUAGUUCACACACAAGGCAUGUGUCCCGUCUACUGCUCAGCACCCAUUCAUGACUCUGUCAGCCUCAUACUGUAUCUAUCACACGGUCCAACACCUGACAGGAUAAUAGAGAGCUACAGUGCUUCAGCUCUGGAUAUGGGGAAGGCAUCAGCGGUCCAAAGUGAAGGGUAGUGAGCUAAAAGUGACUACAAAGCUUCAUUCACUACCCAAUGUUCUGUAGCUUAGUAAUGCUGAUUUCACUGACACUUGGCAGCUUCCUCUCUGAGUUGUGCCUAUGUUGAUGGACUUCAUUAUUGCCCUAACACCUUAAUCUUCUACCUGUCUCAUUUUGUCUUUCUGAUUUUCCUAAUUCAUUAUUAUCAGUCAAAUACCUCUUCAAGAGUUGGUUCCCUGUAAGUACAAAAAAAAAAAAACAUGAAUGGGGAAUGGAAAUUUGGUUGUGACACUUACAGCAUUGAAAAAUUAAAAAAUUCAGCAGCAACAGUCUUAGUGGGAACCGUGUCCAUGUUCCUCUGGAUAUUCCACAGAUCUUACUGUAGGCUGGUGUCUUGGGGACUAUUUCUUCUGUAGAAAGUAGUUCCUCUGAAGACUAUUCACUGUGGGGUCUGUGGAUUAUCCAGAGUAACAAGGGCAUUGUUUCUGGAAAGAAAUGUUGCUGUUGAAAAACCACAAACAAAGUCGUAUUUACCUCCACUGUAUUAGGGUGGAGGCAGAAAUCUCAGAGAUAGAUAUCAUAAAUUCUGGACAAAUAAAACCAAGUAGACCACUACAGGUUUUUUUGUUUUUUGUAAUUUGGGUAAAAUUUUUCACCAGACUUAAAGAUGCUGUUGGACUUCAGCAGUCAAGGUGACUUGAGCUAGUAGUCGAUAUAUUGAUUCAUACUAUGGCCACAGAAAAUAUAAAUGUUUGAUUGGCAGAUAACUUAAACAUAGUUCCAGUCAACAGUUUGAUCAAAUGCUGUGUCCAGUAUCACUCCCUGUUUGCUACCUGGCGCACUAUAUUUUCUUUGUGCAAUUUUAUUUGUAAAAUGUCGAUUCCAAAGAAUAGUAAUGGUGAAAAAUUUGUCCGAAAUCUCCUUUCACUGCUCACUGCAGAGUAAACUGUAAAAUGUGUUUAUUAUGUAGGGAAUGGCGAAUAAGACUAUGAUAGUGAAUGACUUCAGGCACAGCUACAGCUUCUAAACUCAAUGUAUAUUAAACAGCAGGUAACCAUAGCAACAACAGUACUCUGCUUUAUGUUGCGUUACCAGUUAAUUUUUUUCUGUGAAUGUAUCUUCUGAAAGCAUCAAUAAUCAUAACCAAAAAAAUUAUUACAUUACAUCAAGAUGCAAACAGAUUUUUCUCAGAUUGGCUUAUCAAACUAACAAUAAAUGGAUAUUCCAGAGAUUUAGUAAUGAACUGAGAUUUAGAAAUUGAAGCAGCUGAGGCUGAGAUAUGCAGACUUGUACUGUAGUCCCUGGUAUGGGUCUUAAAUGUCCCUUAAAUGGCUAAAUUGAUGCUGUUACCACCAAUCAGAGCUUUCGGGUACACUCAUUGAGGUAAAAGGGACACACACAGCCAUCCACACUGCAACACGACUAGUUUUCACACAUUUGUAUUUGAAUGCCGCUGCAGUUGUGCUCAAUUAAAAUGCAAAGCCAGUGUAAAGGUGUACAGUAGUUCAGUGGGUUGUGGAGCGGUUAGAGAGGCUGUGCAGCUUUUUCAUCAACUGCUGUAAUGCAGUUUAAAUUGAAAGGUAAUGUGCUGUGACUCAAGUGUUUUUAAGGUGCUGCAACUUUAAGAUUUCUACUCACGCAUUGUAGAAUUGUUGUGGCACUGGAGUCCCAUUGAAGGUUAUAGAGGUGCCUCUGCUGUGUGCUGUUGUCGGCUUUAUUGUCACCAUACAACUGUCUGUCUUCACCAAACUGCAGCGAGAAUUUAGCGAAUUUAGAGUGUUUAGCUGGACCAAAUAUGGAAUCGAUAGGUUCUCACAGGUAAUUUCAGUUAUUACAAAACACUGCAGGGUGAGUCGAGCUUCUGUCUGUCUGCACCUGUCAGCUUUUGUCUAAUUGGGGUGGAAAUGGACGGGGAAUCUGUAACAGUCCCUGCAUGCAGAGACAAAUAAAACAUCAUUAUUAUGUCAUUUAUAUGUUUACGUUGCCACUUUUGUGCAGUUUGGUUUUCAUCCUCCGAUUUUCUGAUGUUUCAGGUCGUUUCCUCCUCUUCACCUGAAGUGGAACAUCUGAAUGAAAAGUACAACCACUUGAGAUAGAUAUUUAUAAUUCAAUCUGGAGACAAAGAUAUGUAUGCGUGUGUGAAUUUGUGCGUCCGUGUGAGUGAAUGAUUAGAUAUUGAAUAUGAAAAAUGUGAUUCUGAUGACUCUUGUUUGGAGUUGUGAAAUGUGCCUUUUUUAUGGGGUCAUUUUCUCGCCCUACUGUUUUUCUUAUCUUUUGAAAAGCAGCUUCCCAGACAACAUCUGCAUGUAAGCCAUUUCAUUUAACUGACAAUCAGUGUGUCCCCCAAAAUACUUGAUAAUUCUUCUUCUUUUCUUGUUUUUUUCUUUCAUUUCAGUUUUUUUUUUCAUUACAUGGGUUGCCCCUGAGUUUACUGUAUUUCAUUUUAUUUUCAAUUUUUUCCUCCAUGUUUCUGGUAUUUGUUUACAGUAAUUUGGCCAGUCUGUGAUUCAAUCAUAUAUAUGGAUGUUUACUGCUUUAAUGGAUGUUCUGUUUGAUUUUUAUGAUUCACAAAGAAAAUAAAGGCUUUGUGUUCAUCUGAA